AUGAAGGAUCAACGACAACGAUUAGCUGAUUCCUAUUUUCCAGUCAGACGUUCUGGACAGCACAGAAUUUUGAGCAAGGAUUCCUGUUCUACCUGGGGUGGAGGGCAUUUUUCAACCUUUGAUAAAUACCAGUAUGACUUCUUUGGGACCUGCAACUAUAUCUUUGCAACUGUAUGUGAUGAAACCAGCCCAGACUUCAACAUUCAGUUCCGCCGUGGGCUGGACAAAAAAAUUGCAAGGAUCAUUAUUGAGCUGGGACCUUCUGUUGUCAUUGUUGAGAAAGGCAGCAUUGCUGUCAGGAGUGUUGGUGUCAUUAAGUUGCCUUAUACCAGCAAUGGAAUUCAAAUAGCACCUUAUGGACGCAACAUCCGUCUGGUGGCCAAGCUGAUGGAGAUGGAGCUAGUUGUCAUGUGGAACAAUGAUGACUAUCUCAUGGUUUUGACUGAAAAAAAAUAUAUGGGGAAAACCUGUGGAAUGUGUGGAAAUUAUGAUGGUUAUGAAUUGAAUGAAUUUGUGAGUGAAGGUAAAUUGCUGGAUACAUAUAAAUUUGCUGCAUUACAAAAAAUGGAUGAUCCAUCAGAGAUCUGCCUGUCUGAGGAGAUAUCGAUUCCCACCAUUCCUCACAAAAAAUAUGCCAUGAUCUGCUCUCAGCUACUAAACUCGGUGUCACCAACCUGCAGCGUGCCAAAGGACGGGUUUGUCAUUCGUUGCCAGCUUGAUAUGCAGGACUGCAGUGAGCCAGGACAGAACAAUUGCACUUGCUCUACGCUGUCAGAGUAUUCAAGGCAAUGUGCUAUGUCCCAUCAAAUGGUGUUCAACUGGAGAACUGAAAACUUCUGCUCUGUGGGAAAGUGUUCUGCUAACCAGAUCUAUGAGGAAUGUGGUUCUCCAUGUAUUAAAACCUGUUCCAACCCAGAGUACAGCUGUUCCAGUCACUGUACCUAUGGUUGCUUUUGUCCAGAAGGAACUGUUCUUGAUGACAUCUCAAAGAAUCGAACAUGCGUUCACAUUAAGCAGUGUCCAUGUACACUGAACGGGAAAACAUAUGCUCCUGGUGAGACAAUGAAAGCAGCAUGUAGGACCUGUAAAUGUACGAUGGGUCAAUGGAACUGCAAAGACUUGCCCUGCCCUGGAAGGUGUUCACUGGAAGGAGGCUCCUUUGUUACCACGUUUGAUUCGAGACCGUACAGGUUCCAUGGGGUUUGCACUUACAUUCUUAUGAAGAGUUCCAGCCUGCCACACAAUGGAACCCUAAUGGCUGUAUAUGAAAAGUCUGGUUAUUCUCAUUCUGAGACGUCACUUAGUGCUGUAAUUUACCUGUCUACAAAGGACAAAAUUGUGAUUUCUCAGAAUGAACUCCUUACUGAUGAUGAUGAACUUAAGCGGCUACCUUACAGAUCAGGAGACAUCACUAUUUUCAGACAGUCCUCGAUGUACAUUCAAAUGCAUACAAUCUUCGGGCUGGAAGUUGUAGUUCAAACAUCACCUGUGUUCCAGGCCUAUGUGAAAGUUGGAUCACAAUUCAAAGGCAGAACCCUGGGUUUGUGUGGCAAUUACAAUGGAGACACUACAGAUGACUUCAUGACUAGCAUGGAUAUCACUGAAGGGACAGCUUCCCUGUUUGUAGAUUCCUGGAGGGCAGGAAAUUGCCAUCCUGCUUUAGAGAGAGAUACUGACCCUUGCGCUUUGAGUCAACUGAACAAAAUAUCUGCUGAGACUCAUUGCUCCAUUCUUACCAAGAAGGGUACAGUGUUCGAGAAAUGCCAUGCUGUGGUGAACCCUAUUCCUUUCUACAAGAGAUGUGUCUACCAAGCCUGUAAUUAUGAAGAGACCUUUCCUUAUAUUUGUUCUGCGCUGGGAUCGUAUGCACGAACAUGCAGCUCAAUGGGUUUAAUCCUUGAGAACUGGAGAAACAGCAUGGACAACUGUA